AGUCAAGCUGUUGCAGUCACAUGGGCAGAGUUUUUUAAUAAACCAAUGAAAAGAGUUUUACAGCACUGCCUCAAGUCCUUGUUUUGGAUGCCAGUGGCAGCAACAUGAGUGAAUCUGCACAAGACAGAGUGCCGACGGCAGUGAACCUCCACCUGAACGGGACCGCAGCUUUGGAGCAGCAAGACGAGAACAUGAACUCCGACCUGUUUGAUAUCAAAGUGUUUAACGUUGUGAUGAUUACUUUGGCCUUUUGUAUACUUGCCAUCACUGGCUUGUACUGCAUUACCGUCUGCUACAACCGUUCCAGGCAGUCAAAAAGAGCACAAUUAUACGAGAGCGCAGUGACCCGAGGCGAGCCGGAGGAUCCCGUGGCAGUCAAAGCAGUGAAGAGAUCGACGAGUUUCAUCAACCCUCUCACCUUCUUCAGGAAACCAGAGGCACCAAAGGACAACUCCAGGAUCUACUACAUCUACAGUAACCCGCUGCCCGUAGGAGGGAAGGAUGAAGAUGAGGAGGGAGCCAAUAAAGCGAGUGGAAUACCAGAGGAGCAACAGGUGCUCUCAUUGUCUCACUCGUUUCAAGAGUUCGCCAGUGAUCCCAAAAGUGGUGUCGUCCUGGACCCGCCAAUAUUUUACAUGCAGCUUUAG